AUGGCGUUUACGCAGACGGAGAUCGACCUGCUGAAUGGAACCGUGACAGUGGGCGGCAUCCUGUCCGUGUGUGGCUGCCUCUUUCUGGUGGGGUCGGCCAUCUACUUCCGCAAGCUGCGCCACAGCUACUGGCGGGCCGUCGUCGUGCUCGCCCUGUGGGACGGACUCACCGCCGCCACCUUCGUGAUGAGCUCCUUGCCGGCACUUGCUCAAUGGGACCUGUUCGGUCCAAAUGCGUGCCAGCUGCAGGGCGUUCUGUUGGAGCUGUUCGUCAUGCUCUCCAAUUGCUACACGUUCUACGUGGCCUUGGUCCUCUACCUCAUCGUCGUCAAGCGAAAAGAGGCACAACUCCUGAGCGGUUUGUUCGAGAUCAUGUACUUUGCAUUCGUGGCCACCGCCGCAGCUACCAUGUCGCUCAUCCCGCUCUACGAGGUCAACGGGCUCAAGUACACGGCAGGAUUGGGUUGGUGUUGGGUGCCGGCGAAGCCGACCUACGGCCGAUUCGUGAUGAACUACGUGUGGGUGUGGACAGCCAUCUUGUCGAUCAUCAUCUUUUACUUCCUUAUCCUGCGACACAUUCGGAGAGAAAUGGUGGCGGAGAAGAUCAACGCACCGCUCUCUGAGAUCGCGACGGGUCGCCUCAUCGAGAAACGCUCAUUGCACACGCGACAGCUUUUCCUCUAUCCCCUCAUCUACAUCGUUCUCUGGACCCCUGCCACAAUUAACAGGGUGUUAGAGGCACAAGAGAUUGAAUUAUACUUUAUGAGCCUGCUCGAAGCGGGCUUUCUGCCGCUGCAAGGUAUCCUCAACACGUGCAUCUAUCUCUUCACGUCCGGCAUCUACCGCGACAUUCUCCACGUCUUCUGGCGACGCCGACUCUAUCGAAGCCUCUACGCCGUGAGCGUGGAUUUCGCCGUUCCGCCGCUGUACGAUACCGACGAUGACUCCGACGACGCAGCUACCAGUCUCCGCAGGCAAGAUCCAAGGGCUUGUUGUUUCACAUGA